AAUUUUUUUGGGUACUCUAUGCUUUGUGCGUCAGUCAAGCUUUGUUGCCAUGGAUAUAUUCUUCAAGACUUUAUAAAAGGUAAGGUGCAAAAGCUGCAAUAAACGGUGGUAUAAAGCUAUAUUUUGCUUAUAAAACUGGAAAGAAAACGCGAUAAGAAGAAUUUUGUAUAUUAAACAAUUCAUGUACAAAUUACUGCUCUCCUAGCCUGCGUGGCAUAGGCUUCUUUACUAUGACGUUUUUGGAAAGUAUCUGGCUUCAUCUUUCAUAAACAUGGUCGUCUAAAUCCCAUUUCAAGAAGCAUAUUUGUCAGUAUGGAAGAUAUUGGCGAGAGCAGUUCGGAGUUGAGAUCGAUAGAUGGUAUCGAAAAUGGAGAAGUGGAUAAUUUUGUCAGCAAUAACUUAGAAAACGGAUUAGAGACUAUUAAUGAACAAGCUGAGAGUACCACUGCUAGGUCUGCCAGUGGCAUUGCAAGUGGAAGUAUCAAUGGUGAUGAAAAACCGGAACUUUCUGAUGUUUUUGACAUGAUUCCAUUAAUCAAAAAGAGAGUGACAUUAAGUCAACUUAAACCAGACAUGUGGACAACUGAACAUAAUGAGGUUAUCAUCAAAUUUUUGAGAGACACAAAAUUGACUGUCCUAAUAGCCUAUGUGGAUCCAAACACAGGUUUUCACAUCAAUAUUCAGCCUCCAGCUUAUAAAAUGGAAGAGAUGUCAUAUUUAAUAAGACAACAGGGAGUGAAGUUGACACCAGAGAACAUUGGCAAAAAGUUGCAGUUUGGUACAAUAAAAGGAAAUCAUAUAGAGAGUCUGCUCAGAGUCAUGACAAAUGUUUAUGCACCGUUAAUUUUUGGAAACAAAUCAUGGCCAGUCAGUAUAAAGAAUGAUUUCUCUGGACACUUGCAUCGUUUUAUGGCAUCCCUGACAGAUGCUAGGCACAAAAUGCAAGGGAAAACUGUAUUGUAUAUUCCUAAUGAGAAUAACAAUUUCACUGUUGAACAAGCUGCAAAGAGCAAAGACUAUGUACAGAGAUUAGAAGCCUCGAUGAUACAUUGGACCCGCCAGAUUAAGGAAGUGUUGAGUAGUCAGGACACGUACGAAACGGCCGAAACCUCUGGUCCUUUAGAAGAAAUUCAAUUUUGGAACAGCAGAUGUAUGGAUCUUUCAGGAAUCAGUGACCAGCUUGAUAAACCUGGAGUAAAACACAUCCAGAAAAUAUUGCAAAUGGCAAAAUCAUCCUAUGUAGCUCCAUUUAUGAAACUUUCCAAGUUGAUUCAGGAUGGAUCUGCCCAAGCGCAAAGUAAUUUGAAAUUUUUAUCAACACUCAAAGCACCUUGCGAAGAGCUUGCUGAAGCGAAGCCAAAAGAUAUUCCAGCAAUGCUUCCAAAACUUCUCAGCCUCAUUCGCAUGAUAUGGAUAAAUUCUGAACAUUACAAAAGUAGAGAACGAUUGACAAGCCUUUUAAGAAAGGUGAGCAAUGAAAUAAUCAAACGAUGUACGAGUACAAUUUGUCUGGAUGAUAUAUUUGAGGGACGUAUACAGACCAGUCUUAAUGCAUUGCAAGAAAGUAUAGCUUGUUGUGAAUCAUGGAAGGAGACCUAUUCAAUGGUAAGUCGAGUGCACAUAAGAUGCUCGUCUCAAGGCUGGAUUCUCGAUCAAACCAGUAUAUUUGCACAAAUUGAUGCUUUUCUUCAACGAUGUAAAGAUUUGAUUGAGGUAUGCGAAGGUCAGAUGCAUUUCGCUCGCAGACAUGAAGGCCCUAAGACGCCGUUACCUUGUUUCCGAGGUAUUCGUGGUCUUGACAUUGUCCGGAGCUUGCUUGAGAUCGAGGCGACGUUUGAAAAGAAUUUACAAAUUUUGAAAGAUGUUAGAAAAACAAUUUUGGACGUAAAGGCUACGACAUGGCAUGAUGAUUACAACAGGUUCCGUACAGGCGUGAAAGAUUUAGAAGUUAUGGUUCAAAAUGUUAUAGCUUCAGCAUUUGAUUCAUUGAGUCGGGUAGAGGAAGGUGUCGAAAUUCUUGAUGUUUUUCAUCAUUUCUCUGCAAGAGAGGCAAUCCGUCGCACAAUUGACAAGAAGACUGUGGAAGUAUUUCAGCUGUUCAAUGAAGAACUAAAUACAGUCAAAAAAGAGUUUAACAAUAAAGCACAAGAACUUCCACCGAUGCAUCCCAAAUAUGCAGGCAUCGCAUACUGGGCAAGGAUGUUGAAAAAACGUAUUGAUAAACCAAUGCUGGCUUUAAACAAUGCGUCGUUUUUGCCUCGUAUUGGAACUGGCGAUGAGAUCCGCGCGCAGUAUCAACAGCUGGCUCAGGCAUUAGACGAGUUUGUGAGGAAGACAUUCAAUGAAUGGACAAUGACAGUUGAUAAGGAUACCGCUAAAUUCUUGGAAACACCGCUCAUGUGUCGCAGUUUGGAGAAGACAGGGAUGUUGGACGUACAUUUCGAUAGGAACUUGCUAAAGUUGCUGAACGAGAUUAGUUAUUGGGAACAGCUAAUGUUUGAGACACCGCAUUAUGUUGCUGAGAUGUAUCAAAAGAAAGAGGAUCUGAGAGUACUUCGCGAAAAUGUUCUUCUUGUUGUAAGAGACUACAACAGAAUAAUUGCGGCGUUGUCAGCUGAAGAAAGAGCCUUAUUCCGAGAAAGAAUUAGGUUUUUGGACAGAAAGAUACAUCCAGGGCUGACAAAACUAACUUGGGCUAGCAAAGGAAUUUCUGAUUACUUUAUUGGUGAAUGCAGGCAAAAUUCAAGCAAGGUGCAAGCAAUUGUUGAUGAAUAUAAGAACGCUAAUCUCAUGAUAUCUAAAAACUGUAUAAAGAUCAGCGAAAUGUUAUUGGUCAUAAUUGAUGGGAAACGUGUCUACGACAAUUUAGAGUUUGAGGAUGACCAGAAAAGUCAUCGCGCUAUCGUUCAAACAAGACUCCAAGAAAUUCACGCUGAAAUUGUUUCUACGAUGAAACAAGUGUAUACUGUGUUUAAAAAUGAUGGCCCUGAAGUACAAACUCAUUGGGUUCGUUAUACAGAAAAAAUGGACCGAAUGGUUGAAGAAGCAUUUCGUCUAAAUGUGAAAUGGUCGCUUCAGGAGCUAUCUCGUGCAAUUAACGGUGAUGGUAAAAACUCUCCGAAUCCCUUGUUUCGAGUAAAAGUUGUUCUUGAAGGAGAUAAGGUCGAAUUUUCACCAACAUUAGCAAAACUGGCAAGCAUUGUAAAUGACACUGCGACACAUCUAACUGAUUGUCUAGCCGUCUUUCAACGCUUACCUGAUCUUUUGACCAAGAAAAGAUCCACUAGACCGGCCGUUCAUGCUCUGAUAUCCAAAGAUGAAGAAAUUAAGAAAAUUCAAACGAGUGUAAAUGUUGGAAUGUCUACAAAUGCAUCACAUCUACAAUCCUAUCUUGGCACAUGGGACAGUUACCGUGAAAUUUGGGAGAUUCAGAAGGACGCUUUUAUCAGACGUUAUCAAAGACUGAAUCCACAAGUUUCGUCAUUCGAUGCAGAUAUUGCCAGGUACACUGAAGUAGCAAACAAUGUACAGAAAGAGGAAACUGUCUUCAACAUCGAGUUUGUUCUCUUGGAUUGUUCACCAUUGAAGUUUGCUCUGCUCAGUCACUGUAAUGAAUGGCAAAAUAAGUUUACGACGUUGUUGAAUGAGAUGGCAAGUAGCAAACUUUUGGAUUUGGAUAAGUUCCUGAAAGAGAACAGCAAGAAGCUAAGUACACCACCUGAAACUCUGGAUCAACUUGGUGAAAGUCUUUCGUUGCUUGAACAGCUGCAAACAGAUUUGAGUAAAAUUGAAGCGAGGUUCCCUCCUUUACAUCAGCAGUUUGCUAUUUUGGAGAAAUAUGAAGUAGCCGUUUCUCCAGAGAUUCAGAAAGUUCUUGAUGAGUUGAACGGAGAAUGGUAUUCAUUCCAACAAUGUCUUACGGAUAGCGAUAUCAUGCUGAAGAAAAGUAAAGAGAAAUUCAAAUCAGGUUUACUUCUGUCCGCAGAAGAAUUAAAGAAAACUGUUUCCAUGCUUGUUGACGAGUUUCACAACAAAGGUCCAUUCAACAGUGAUAUCUCUACUGAGAGGGCACUGGAGGAUGUGAACGAUUACAAAACAAAUGUGCAAAAUCUGAAGGAACAAGAAGCAACCAUAAAGAGAGGACUUGGUAUCUUCAAGAUCGAACAACCAUCGUCAAAAGAACUUCUACAAAUUGAGAAAGAUUUGGAACAUUUGGAUCAGAUAUGGCAUAUCACCAAGGAUUGGGAAGGGCUGUGGGACUCGUGGAAAACUGGUCAGUUUGUUGACUUAGUUACUGAAGAAAUGGAAACUACUGCCCAAAUACAAUUAAAGAAACUCAACAAAGUUGUUAGAGAAGUUAAGGAUCGAAAUUGGGAGGUUUGUGACUCUAUCAAAGGAAGAAUUGAGCAAUUCAAACGAACGAUGCCCUUGAUCCAAGAUUUGAAAAAUCCAGCCAUGAGAGAUCGUCAUUGGACGCAAAUUAAAGAACAUGUUCAGAGGCCAUUUGACGAACAAGGUGACUUUACCCUGGAACACAUUAUUACACUUGGUUUUGAUCAAUAUGCGUCACAAAUAUCUGACGUUUCCUCUGCUGCAACAAAAGAAUUGUCCAUAGAACAGGCAUUGAAUCAAAUAUCAACGACCUGGGAAAGCAUCGUUCUUGAUAUUGAACCUUACAAAGAUCGUGGGCAUUUUAAAUUGAGAGGUACUGAAGAGGUAUUUCAAGUAUUGGAAGACAACCAAGUCACUUUAUCCACGAUGAAAGCUUCGCGCUUCGUCAAAGCCUUCGAGCAGGAGGUUGAUAAAUGGGAAAGAACUCUGUCAUUAAUCUUAGAAGUAACAGAAAUGAUUUUAACAGUACAAAGACAAUGGAUGUACCUCGAGAAUAUUUUCCUUGGUGAAGAUAUCCGCAAACAGCUACCGCGUGAAUCUGCAGAGUUUGAUGACGUCAACAAUAACUGGAAGACUAUCAUGCAAAGGCUACAUAAAGACCCCAAUGCUCUUCGAGGAACACAUUAUCCAGGACUUUUGGAUACUCUCAACGAAAUGAACACAAAAUUGGAGGAGAUACAAAAAUCAUUGGACAUGUAUCUUGAGACCAAACGACAAAUAUUUCCAAGAUUCUAUUUUCUUUCUAAUGAUGACUUGCUUGAAAUUCUUGGCCAGUCAAAGAACCCCGAUGCUGUUCAGCCACAUCUGAAGAAAUGUUUCGAUAACAUUAAAACAUUGAAAAUGGCAAAGCGCGGAAUUUCCCAAAAGAAGGAAGCUCUUGGUAUGUUCUCAGCCGAUGGAGAAUAUGUUGAAUUUGGUCAAACCGUCCUCUUGGAAGGCCCAGUCGAGGCGUGGUUGUGUGACAUAGAGCGAAGCAUGAAAUGGACAUUGAAGGAACUGUUAAAACAGUGUAGACUUGCACUGAAGAAGAAUACAAGCAAGAGGGAUAAGUGGGUGAAAGAUUGGGCCGGACAGCUCAUCAUCACUUCAAGUCAGUUGCAAUGGACCAGUGACUGCACAAAAUCGCUCACCAGCAGCAAAGAACGAGGUGAUAAAAAGGCUUUGAAAAGUUUGAAAAAGAAACAGGUGUCAAUGUUAAAUAAAUUUUCAGAGAUGAUCCGUGGUAAUCUGACAAAACUUCAACGUCUUAAGAUCGUGGCUUUAGUCACCAUUGAAGUACAUGCGAGAGAUGUGAUUGAGAAACUUAUCAAGUCUGGCUGUAAUGAUGUAAAUGCUUUUGAAUGGCUCAGCCAACUCAGACUGUAUUGGGAAAGAGAUAUUGAUAAUUGUGUCGUAAAGCAAACGAAUACUGAAUUUGAAUAUGGUUAUGAAUACCUUGGAAACUCUGGACGCUUGGUUAUCACACCGUUAACUGACAGGUGUUAUAUGACUCUAACAACAGCCUUACAUCUACAUCGAGGUGGAAGUCCCAAAGGUCCAGCAGGUACAGGAAAAACAGAAACUGUGAAAGAUCUUGGGAAGGCCUUGGGAAGUUAUGUGAUCGUCGUCAAUUGUUCAGAAGGAUUAGAUUACAAAUCUAUGGGAAGAAUGUACAGUGGACUUGCUCAGACGGGAGCUUGGGGAUGUUUUGACGAAUUCAAUCGUAUCAACAUCGAAGUAUUGUCCGUGGUAGCUCAACAGAUUUUAUCAAUCCUUUCUGCUCUUGCCGGUGGUCUUUCACGUUUUGUGUUUGAAGGACGAGAGAUCAAUCUUGUAUGGUCGUGUGGAAUCUUCAUUACAAUGAAUCCAGGUUAUGCUGGUCGUACUGAGCUUCCUGACAACUUAAAAAGCAUGUUCCGACCGAUAUCUAUGGUUGUACCCGAUUCUGGCAUGAUUGCUGAGAUUAUCUUGUUUGGCGAAGGAUUUAACAACACAAAGGUUUUAGCAAAGAAAGUCCAUACGCUAUAUUCUCUAGCAGUUCAACAACUAUCCAAACAAGAUCAUUAUGAUUUUGGUCUGCGAGCAUUGACUUCAGUUCUGCGUUAUGCAGGCAGAAAGAAAAGAUCAAACCCUGAUAUGUCCGAUGAGGAGGUUAUCUUAUUAUCAAUGCGUGAUAUGAAUAUUGCUAAGUUGACUUCUCAAGACUUACCACUUUUCCUUGGUAUUGUUCAAGAUCUUUUCCCAGGAGUCGAAACUCCUGUUAUUGAUUAUGGAAAGCUACGUAAUGUCAUUCUCAAGGAAUUAAAGCAGGCUGGUUUGCAAGAGCAUCCUACAACUGUAUUGAAAAUUAUUCAGCUUUAUGAAACCAAAAACUCAAGACAUUCAACAAUGAUCGUUGGUAAAACUGGUUCAGGUAAAAGUGUUAGCUGGCAGAUGUUACAACAAGUUUUGUCCACGAUGAAGAAGGAAGGGGUUCCUGGAUAUAAUUUAGUCAAGGAAUAUCCAUUGAAUCCAAAAGCACUGUCUCUGGGCGAGUUGUAUGGUGAAUUUGAUUUGAAUACUAACGAAUGGACUGAUGGUGUUUUAUCCAGUGUAAUGAGACAGACAUGUUCAGAUGAAAAACCCGAAGAGAAAUGGCUUAUUUUUGAUGGUCCAGUUGAUACAUUAUGGAUUGAAUCAAUGAACUCUGUUAUGGACGAUAAUAAAGUACUAACAUUGAUUAACGGAGAACGUAUUGCAAUGCCUGACCAGGUUUCUCUGUUGUUUGAAGUGGAAGAUCUUGCGGUUGCUUCUCCAGCCACAGUCAGUCGUUGUGGAAUGGUGUUUAAUGAUAUUGUUGAUCUUGGAUGGCAGCCUUAUGUUGAUUCAUGGUUGAGUAGAAGACAAGAUAAGAAAUCUAUCGAACAUCUUCAAAGACUUUUUGAUAAGUUUGUGGAAAAUUGUCUUGCAUUCCGUCGUAAAAAUUGCAAAGAACCAAUCCCAACUUCUGAGCUAAAUUCCGUUGUAUCGUUGUGUGCGUUGUUUGAUGCCUUGGCUACUGAAGAAAAUGGGGUCCAUCCAAACGACGAGAACUACCCACGCAUGUUAGAACUAUGGUUCCUAUUUUCCCUCAUCUGGUCGAUUGGUGCAACCGUAGAUGAAGACAGCCGUAAGAAGAUGGACAAUUUCCUAAGAGAACUCGAGGGACAGUUUCCAAGCAAAGAUACGGUGUAUGAAUAUCAUGUUGAUAUCAAACAACACACAUGGGCCUCCUGGGAAGAUAAGCUAAGAAGUGGUUGGAGAUAUAAUCCAAGUGAGCCAUUUUACAAGAUCACCGUACCAACCGUGGACACAGUACGAUAUGACUUCCUUGUGUAUAACCUCAUAAAAGCUCAUCGACCUGUCUUGUUAUCUGGACCUGUUGGCACCGGUAAAACAUCAGUGGCUCAAGGAGUACUGUCGCGACUAGAUCCAAAAACGUACUCUAUUUUAACAGUCAACAUGUCUGCUCAGACGACUUCAAACAACGUGCAAGAUAUUAUUGAGAGUAAGGUGGAGAAAAGAACCAAAGGUGUUUAUGUCCCUAUUGGUGGUAAGCAGUUGCUUACAUUUUUGGAUGACUUCAAUAUGCCUGCAAAGGAUACGUUUGGGUCCCAGCCUCCUCUGGAACUGAUCAGGCAGUGGGUGGACUAUGGAUUUUGGUACGACAGAAUGAAGCAAAGUGUGAAACAUGUCAAGGAUAUGCACUUACUUGGUGCUAUGGGUCCACCAGGAGGUGGUAGGAUGGUCAUAUCUCGUCGUUUGCAAAGUAGAUUCAACUUGAUCAACAUGUGCUUCCCACAGGAAAGCCAAAUCAAAAGAAUAUUUGGUACAAUGAUCAAUCAGAAAUUACAAGAUUUUGAAGAGGAAGUGAAACCAUUAGGUGAUAUAAUGACACAGGCUACCAUUGACGUCUAUAAUACUAUCGUGGCAAAAAUGUUGCCUACUCCAACAAAAAUUCACUACUUAUUUAACUUGCGAGACAUUUCCAAGGUCUUCCAAGGUCUACUUCGUUCAAGAAAGGAUUUCCAGGAUACAAAACCAAGUAUGACCAGGCUCUGGGUCCAUGAAUGUUUUAGGGUGUUUUCUGAUCGUCUUGUUGAUGAAACCGAUAAAGAGUCCUUCAUUACACUGAUCAGUGACAAACUGGGAACGUUGUUUGAUCUUACAUUUCACAAUCUCUGUCCAAACAAGCAACCUCCAAUAUUUGGUGAUUUUAUGAAGGAUGGUGAGGUAUAUGAAGAUCUCACAGACUUUCCUGCAUUAAAGAAAUAUAUGGAAGAUCAACUGGAAGAUUAUAAUAUGGAACCUGGUGUCAUUCCAAUGAACCUGGUGUUGUUUCGAGAUGCUAUAGAGCAUGUUUCAAGAAUUGUUCGUGUUAUCGGAAGACCGCGAGGUAACAUGUUAUUGAUUGGAAUUGGAGGAAGUGGUAGACAGAGUUUAACGAGAUUGGCGGCUUACCUGAUUGGAUAUAAAGUUUUCCAAAUCGAAGUUACAAGGAAUUACAAAAAGGCAGAGUUUAGAGAUGAUUUAAAGAAGUUGUAUUUCAUGGCUGGAGUGGAUUAUAAACCCACAAUAUUUUUGUUCAAUGACACUCAAGUACUUGAUGAAUCGUUCCUGGAGGACAUCAAUAACAUUCUGAGCAGUGGUGAAGUUCCGAAUUUAUAUAAACCAGAUGAAUUUGAGGAGGUUCGAACUGCUAUAUCUGAAGCUGCGAAGAAUGACGGUAUCACAGACACGCCAGAGUCAAUGUUUGCGUAUUUUAUUGAACGAGUCCGAAGUAACUUGCAUAUUGUGUUAUGCAUGAGCCCUGUUGGAGAUCCGUUCAGGAACCGUAUUCGAAUGUACCCAGCAUUCGUGAACUGCACGACAAUUGACUGGUUCAGUGAAUGGCCAAAUGAUGCCUUGCUUGAAGUUGCUGAGAAAUACCUGGAACCGAUGGAUCUUGGAGAUGAUGAGACAAAAAAGAAUAUCGCGCAAAUCUUUGUCACUACCCAUCGAUCGGUGGUGAACAUGUCAAACCGGAUGUUACUGGAAAUGAAACGUCAUAAUUACGUCACACCUACUAACUAUUUGGAACUUGUCUCAGGUUAUCAAAGUUUGCUUGCUGAGAAACGUAAAGAACUUGGUGACGCCGCUGCCAAGCUUAGAAAUGGUUUGGAUAAGAUUGAUGAAACAAGGGCAAAGGUUGAAUCAAUGUCCAUUGAAUUAGAAGAAGCCAAGGUUAAGGUGGCGAAAUUUCAGAAAGAGUGUGAGGAAUAUUUAGUUGUGAUCGUACAGCAGAAGAGGGAUGCAGACGAACAGCAAAAAUUUGUAGCAGCACGUAGUGAGAAAAUUGGUGAAGAAGAAGAAAAAUGUCGAGUGAUGGCAGAGCAAGCUCAGCACGAUCUUGAUGAAGCAUUGCCUGCCCUGGCUGAAGCUAUGAAGGCGCUGGAAGCUCUUAACAAGAAAGAUAUGACUGAGAUAAAGUCGUAUGGUCGACCUCCAGCUUUGGUUGAGAAAGUAAUGGAGGCAGUUAUGAUUUUACGAGGGAAUGAACCAACCUGGGCUGAAGCAAAGAGACAAUUAGGAGAACAAAACUUUAUCAAGCAACUGAUCAACUUCGACAAAGACAACAUGUCAGACAGAGUGUUAAAGAAAAUUGGUACAUAUUGCUCGCAAGCAGAUUUCCAACCUGAGAUCAUAGGUCGUGUUUCAUUGGCCGCUAAAUCUUUAUGUAUGUGGGUACGAGCUAUGGAAGUAUACGGUAGAAUUUACAGAGUUGUUGAGCCAAAAAGACAGAGAUUGAAUCAGGCUACAAGUCAACUGAAAGAAAAACAGGCCAUACUGACAGAGGCGAAGGCUAAACUUAAAGAGGUAACGGACAGGAUGGAAGACUUAAAGAGACAGUAUGAUGAAAAACUUGCACAAAAAGAAGAGUUAAGAAAGAAAGCUGAACUGACAGAGCUAAAACUGGAUCGAGCAGGAAAGUUGGUAUCCGGGCUGGCUGGUGAAAGAGAUCGAUGGGAGGCCAGUGUGAAGGUUCUGGAAGAAAAUAUUGGUUAUUUAGUUGGCGAUAGUUUAUUGGCUGCUGCUUUCCUUUCGUAUGCUGGACCAUUUCUCUCCAACUAUAGAGAUGAACUCGUUAUGCAAAACUGGAUUGCGCAGGUCCGCGAACUUAAAGUGGCAUGUACGCCCAAGUUUUCCUUCGCAGACUUUUUAGCAAAACCAACAACUGUUCGUCAGUGGAAUAUUCAGGGUUUACCAUCUGAUCAGUUCUCGACUGAGAAUGGUGUAAUUGUUACACGUGGAAAUAGAUGGCCUCUUAUGGUGGACCCACAAGGACAAGCUAUAAAGUGGAUUAAAAACAUGGAAAACAAGAACGGUCUGAAAAUAAUUGACUUGCAGCAAUCAGAUUAUUUAAGAACAUUGGAAAAUGCAGUACAGUUUGGUUCUCCUGUGUUGCUUCAAAACGUUCAGGAGGAGCUUGACCCCUCACUUGCACCUAUUCUUAACAAAUCUUUUAUAAAACGAGGCAACGCGUUGUAUAUCAAGAUUGGUGACAAGGAAGUAGAGUACAAUGCAGACUUUCGAUUUUAUAUCACAACAAAACUCAGUAAUCCUCACUACACUCCGGAGAUCUCAACAAAAGCUUUGAUUGUUAACUUUGCUGUAAAGGAGCAAGGUUUGGAGGCUCAGUUGUUGGGUAUUGUUGUACGAAAAGAGCGUCCUGAACUUGAAGAACAAAAAGAUAAUUUAGUUAUCAACAUCGCUGCUGGGAAGAAAAAACUGGAGGAUCUGGAAGAUCAAAUAUUAAGAUUAUUACAAACUGCUCAAGGAUCAUUGUUGGAUGAUGAGGAACUAGUGAAUACCCUAAAUUCAUCAAAACAAACAUCGCAGGAGAUUGGUGAACAGUUGCAAGUCAGUGAACAGACAGAAAUCAAAAUCGACGCAGCUCGUGAGGGUUACAGAUUAUGUGCCCAACGUGCCUCAAUCUUGUUCUUUGUUCUCAACGACAUGGGUCGUAUUGAUCCAAUGUACCAGUUCUCUCUGGAUUCCUACAUCAGUUUGUUUAAUUUAUCCAUUGAAAAAAGCCAACGAAGUCCACAAUUAGAAAUACGAAUUCACAAUCUCAACGAAUAUCACACUUAUUCUGUUUACAAGUUUACCUGCAGAGGAUUAUUUGAACGUCACAAACUGUUGUUCUCAUUCCAAAUGUGUGCUAAAAUUCUUGAAGCGGCUGGCAAACUCAAUAUGGACGAGUACAAUUUCUUUUUACGUGGUGGUGUGGUUCUUGAUCGAGAAGAACAGAUUGAUAAUCCCUGCACGGGAUGGUUAACAGACACUGCUUGGGAUAAUUUAACCGAACUCGACAAGUUACCUAAUUUUCAUGGCAUCGUGACGUCAUUUGAACAAUACCCACGUGAUUGGAAUAUUUGGUUUACAAGUGCCGAACCUGAAACAACAUCUUUACCAGGAGAGUGGGAGAACGCCUGUAAUGAACUUCAACGAAUGUUGAUAGUACGAUCUUUGAGACCCGAUAGAGUGUCAUUUACUGCAACUUCAUUUAUCAUCAACAAUCUUGGAUCAAAGUUUGUUGAACCACCAGUAUUGGAUAUGAGUUCCGUGGUAGAAGAUUCAACAACACGAACUCCUCUUAUUUUUGUUCUUUCUCCUGGUGUGGAUCCGACAAGUGCUUUAAUUCAACUUUCUGAGAAAUGUGGAAUGAGUGAGCGUUUUCAUGCAUUGUCACUUGGUCAAGGUCAAGCACCGAUUGCAACCAGAAUGAUUAAAGAAGGUGUAAAAGAGGGUAACUGGGUCUUCCUGGCAAACUGUCAUUUAUCUCUAAGUUGGAUGCCACAACUUGAUAAGCUUGUCGAACAAUUACAAGUAGAAAGUCCUCAUCCUGAGUUUCGUCUUUGGCUGAGCAGCAGUCCACAUCCGGAGUUUCCUAUUUCUAUACUUCAAGUUGGAAUUAAGAUGACCACAGAACCGCCCAAGGGAUUGAAAGCAAAUAUGAAACGUCUGUAUCAAUUGGUCACAGAACAACAGUUUACUCGUCGUCAAAAGCAAGACAAAUACAAGAAAUUGCUUUUCUCUCUGUGUUUCUUCCAUAGUGUACUACUUGAACGCAAAAAAUUCCUCAUGUUAGGAUGGAAUAUUAUGUAUGGCUUCAACGAUUCUGACUUUGAGGUUUCUGAAAACUUGAUUGGAAUGUAUCUGGAUGAUUAUGAAGAAACACCUUGGGAAGCUCUGAAAUAUUUGGUUGCUGGUGUGAACUAUGGUGGUCAUGUGACUGAUGAUUUUGAUAGACGACUUCUUAUGACAUACAUCAAUGAUUUUUUCUGUGACGCGUGUUUGGAUACUCCAUACUUCAAAUUGUCAACUUUACCUACAUACUACAUUCCAAAAGAUGGCACUCUUCAAUCAUACAGAGAAUACAUCAGCAUGUUACCAAACGUCGAUCAUCCUGAAGCGUUUGGACAACAUCCAAAUGCUGAUAUCGCAAGUCAAAUUAUUGAAACCAGAAACCUCUUUGGCACAUUAUUGUCACUUCAACCACAAAUUGCUUCAGUUGGUGGAGCGGGUCAAACAAGAGAGCAAAAGGUUUUAGACCUUGCAGCAGAUGUCUUAAAAAGAGUGCCGGAAGAAAUUGAUUAUGAACAAACAGCAAAGAUUAUGGCUGAUGAUCCAUCUCCACUUAAUGUCGUCUUAUUGCAAGAGAUAUCUCGGUAUAACAAACUUCUUGCGACAAUCAAGUCAUCGCUUAUCGAACUAGAACGCGGUAUUAAAGGUCUCGUUGUCAUGUCAUCUGAUUUAGAAGAGACAUUUAAUUGUAUUUAUGACGUUCGUGUUCCACCUCUCUGGGGAAAGGCCUAUCCUUCAAACAAGGCUCUAGCUAACUGGACACGUGAUUUGGUUCAUCGUGUAGAUCAGUUUGCUAAGUGGGCAAGUACAGCGCACCAACCAGUUAUAUUCUGGCUCUCGGGAUUCACAUUCCCAACUGGAUUUUUGACUGCUGUCUUGCAAACAUCGGCGAGACAGAAUAAUAUCUCGGUUGAUACCUUGUCAUGGGAAUUUACGGUUUCUACUGUGGAUGAUAGUAACAUAACUCAGUACCCUAAGGAUGGAGUAUGGGUUCGUGGCUUAUACCUUGAAGGAGCAGGUUGGGACAAGAAAAAUGCCUCUCUGAUCGAGGCAGAUCCUAUGCAGUUGGUGUGUCCAAUACCAACUGUGCAUUUUAAACCAGUAGAAAAUAAAAAGAAAACUGGCAAAGGAAUUUACUCGUGUCCAUGCUACUAUUACCCUAACCGUGCUGGUACCUCAGAUCGUGCUUCCUAUAUUGUAAGUGUUGACUUAAAAUCUGGUGCGAUGACAGCGGAUCAUUGGGUCAAACGAGGAACAGCUUUGCUUAUGAGUUUGGACUAUUAAGACAUCUACCUUCAUGCAUGUAAAUAUUUGUACUGUUUAAAUGAUAUAUUUUAUAUUGUAAAUGAUUAAAUAUAUUAAGUUAACACUUUGUACAUUAUUCAACAAUCGUUAUCCAUUCUGUGGCAGAUA